AUGUGUAGAUCCAAGGCAGCAGCAGCUUUUACUCCUCGUGGCCUCUUGUUUGCUCCGGCCGCAGGAGCCCGGCAUGUGCUUCCCCUGCUCCAUUUCCGUUUGUUGGAAGCCUUUCCAAAGGCCAAGGGCGCCAAGGCCACGCUAGGGAUGCCCGCCCUGCUCGAGAAAGGGGGCCAUGCCAAGGCCGCCAAGGCCAGGAUGCCAAGCUCCCUCCAUUCCCUCCAUGUUGGCUCCGAGAGCCCGGAGUUUCAAGGGAGUCCUAGCAAGCCCACGAAGGGCCGCGGUUUAGAAUGGGGCCGUGCUUCUCAAGGGCAGAGCUUGGGCUUUCAAAUUCUGCUCCUCUUGUGGGAGUCCUCUCGCCGGCAGACAGCUGCAGCCGGUGGAGUGUCCAGCACGCUGACUCAGCUUCUGUUGCAGCCGCUCUUCAAGCUCCUAUUCGUGCUGGAGUGCGCUGUGCCCAGCAGCAGAAGCAAAGACUUCAACUCCAAGAGUCAAGAGACCUCGCAGAAGACAGGAGCCGUGGAUCGCGCCUUCUUCUCGGCAGCCGCAGUGACUCAGAUGAUGUUUCUUGGAGGUGGCGGUCGCAUGGUGGGCCCGGCAUCAGUCUACUUCGGCCUGGGCCAGUUCUAUGCUGGGGGUGUGGAAAUGUGCGCACCGGUGGAGGACUCGCUACGCUAUGCUCUGUCCUACAAACAUCUCUUCAUUUCUCUUGCGACACAAGCAAGGGCCCGAGUGAUCCUUUGUGGGCACAGCUUUGGCGUGGCAUUGGUGCGGAGUGUAGCCCUUCAGCUGGCCUGCUGUGGCCUGGACGUCCGUUGCGUGAUAGCAUUGGAUCCACGAUGCAUAGACUUCACGGCCCUGGAGGUUCUUACCGCUCUCCCAAGGAGCUUGGCCCAGUCCCUGGCGCCUCCCCGCUACCGCCUGGAUGCCAUGGAGCUCGAGUUCGUGGCACCGCUGAGACCACGUGGAGCCCUGCAGAGCCGCUCCUUCGCGGCAAUGCCACGAGGACUCCUUGCAUCCUGGGACUUUCAGCUCUCCAAACGCUGCGCCUGGCAUUUCCCAGAUGCAGACCAUUUCGCCUUGCCUGACACACACGCUUGGGACGCGUCCCAGCGCAUCCAAAGGCAUGCCCGCUGCAGGCGGCGCGUGCGCCGCGCAGCGCCGAUCUGCCUCGGCAGAUCGGAGGGCGAUCCGGUUCGACCCAAGGAUGCUGGAUUCUUGCCGUUUGUGCGGUGGGCUGCCGUUGCGCCUCAGAUCAAAGGUGGCGACCACAUCUAUUUGAUCUUCACCUACUCACAAGCAGCAAUCGAAGGAAAUGAGGACGGAACCGUGGCGGCGGAGGCACCGGCCAUCCCCUCCAAAUGGCCAUGGGCAUGGCUUGGCGGCGGCUCCACUGAAGCGGAUCGUCAAGAGUUCAGAGGCUCCUGCAUCUUCCGCGUUUGGCGGAAAGAUGGGGCCAACUCGGUGGUCCAAGAUGGUGAUGAUGUCUUCUUCGAGCAUGUGGACACGGGGAAGUAUCUUGAGGCUUCCACCGACACCGAGCCCCUGGCCUUGACAGACAAGGACGACAACGCAUCGGGCCAGCUCUGGGGUUUCUUCAAGCAGGGCCGGCCCAUGGAGAUGAGACAUCGGGACAACGUAUACAUCCAGAGUUGGCUGCACAACUACGUGGAGUACCGUUACUUCGAGGACAGCAACCUCUAUGCCAAGAGGUGGCAGAGGCGGGAGCCCCAGACCUUGACAGUUCUCAAGAAGGCUGUGCUAGAUUCGUCCACGACGGAAGUCGCGAGAAAAUUCCAAUUCCAAGCCUUCGACCUGGACGGCAAUGGCUCCAUCAGCAAACGUGAGAUGGACAUAAUGGUGCGGCUUGUUAGAGGCGUGGAGCCGUCUUUGGAGGAGAUGGAUGGGAUCAUGGUCAAGGCUGAUCCGGCCCACACAGGGCACAUCCCAUUUCCGUCUUUCGCCUCUUGGGCUGAUGCUGGUGGCAUGACGGAAGAGGAACUGAACCACGCAGAAGUGCUCGGAAAUGUGGCGCAGAGGUGCUUCGACGCUUUGCAUGAGGGGAGGUGCCUUGUUGAGGUACUGGGCACCAUCGACAGCAUGACUGUUCAGGGCAUGGUGGGCAAGUACAGCGAGAGCCUCAAAGCAGGCAAUGUAAGCGAGAGGAUCGUGGAGAAGGCAGCUGAGUCGGACGGCUGGCUCUUCUCCAGUAACUGGAAGAAUUGCAUGAAGGCCCUGCUGGAGCCCGAGGUUGACCUCUGGGUUCGCUGCCUGAACGAUGCCAUGCAGGGCCUGGGCACCGACGAGAACUCCUUGUCAGCCUUGGUAUGCACCUUGCCCGAGCGCUUGCGCGUGGCUAUCUUUCAACAGUACCAAGAGACCUUUGGCAAGGGCUUGCUAGAGCAUAUUGAGAGCGAGACGUCGUUCAGCUAUCAGAAGGUGAUGACAUGGCAGGCCAUGGCGCCGGAGGACUGCCGCGCCAGAAUCCUGAACAAAGCCAUGGCUGGCCUAGGAACUGCUGAAGAUCAGCUGAUCCGGGUGAUCUGCCAACUGAAUUUCGGGGAGCGUCGAGAGGUCAAAGAAGCCUAUCAGCGCAGGUACGACCGAGAUCUGCUGGAACACAUCCAAUCCGAAACGUCCGGCGACUUUCAAAAGGCCCUGCUUUGCAUGUUGGAGGCGGAGGAGGCGGCCUUCGACUUGGAAGCAGAUUGCGCAGCCAUGAAGGAAGCCAUGGAAGGAUGGGGGACCGACGAGAUGGCCUUGACAAAGAUGAUUUGCAGCAAGACGGCCAAGCAAAUGGAGGAUGUGAACCAAAAGUUUCAGGAGCUGUAUGAGCGAGACUUGCUUGAGUGGGUAAAGAGCGAAACCAGCGGCUACUACCAAGAUACGCUGCUGGGGUGCAUCCGUCACCCCAUGAAGCAGCUCGCGCAUUCUGUCCGAGACUGCAUGAAAGGCUGGGGCACGGACGAUGAAGGUCUCAUCACUUGCUUGGUGCAUUUGGAGGAUUUCAAGAAGGCCGCUCUUAUCAAGGAAUACAGUCUGGAGUUUGGCCGGGACAUCUUCGAAGACAUCAGAUCGGACACCAGCGGCGACUACGAGAAGGCACUCUGUGAUCUAAUCAAGCCGGCACCACAGGUAUGGGCUGAGGCACUUACCGGCGCAAUGAGGGGACUGGGAACCUCCGACUCGCUACUCAUCAACUUUAUGGUCCUGGCUAAAGAUGAUAUGAUGGAGGUCCGGAAGCACUUCCACGAGCUAAAUGGGCAGAUGCUGGAGGAGUGGAUCGAGUCGGAAUGCACUGGUGAUUACAAGGAAACUCUGAUGAUGUUAGCUGGUCGGAACAGUGAGGAGACCAUAAGCAUCGCCCCAGUCUACUGGGCGCAGCGCUGCAAGGAUGCCCUUUUCAGCGUGGAGACUUUGAAAGAGGUGCUGGUCUCGAUGCCAGCGACAGCCAUCCAGCGACACACAGGGCUGUAUGAAGCUGUCUAUGGGGCGUCGUUGAAGGAAGAGGUGGAGAAGAAAUGCAACGAGAAGGGGACCUUCUUCUUUUUCACCAACUGGUGGAAGCACGCCAUGUUGUCCCUGACUUGCUUGCCCGUUGAGCUCUUCGUGAAGGGACUUUGGGAUGCCAUGCACGGCUGGGGAACUGACGAGUACACCCUGACUGCCUUGGUGUGCACUUUACCCGAGAACCUCUACGAUGAGAUCCACGGCUUGUAUUUGAAGACACACGAGAGAAAGCUCGUGAAUCACAUUGAGUCGGAAACUUCCUUCAAUUACAAGAAGUUGUUGAAGUAUCAAAGCAUGACGUGGGCUGAGAGCCGUGCCACAGCCCUUCAUGGUGCUAUGUCAGGAUGGGGCACCUCAGAAGACCAGCUCGUCCGCAUCAUCAUAUGCUCCACCUUCAAGGAGCGGGCGGUAAUCAGAGAGGCUUACGAAAGGCUUUUCGGCAGAGAUUUGAUUCAGCACAUUGAGUCGGAGACCAGUGGGAACCUUAAAAGCAUCCUUGUGGCCGUGCUGAAAUGCACGCACCCCAAAGCUUCGCUGGACUACGACAAGGACUGCGAAGACCUCAAGAAGGCCAUGGAUGGUUUCGGGACGAACGAGAAGGCCAUCAUUCAGAUUGUCGCGGGCAAAACGCCCCAACAGAUCGAUACCCUCAAGGCCAAGUUUGAGGAGAAGUUUGGAGAAGAGCUCUUUACCCGGAUCGACAGUGAGACCUGGGACUGCGGCCAGUGCAUGUUCAUGACGCCCAACUUCCGGGCCUGCAUGCUGGGUCUCCUGCGCGAGCCCACCGAACGGCAUGCGUUUGCCGUUCGUGACUGCAUCGUCGGGUGGGGCACAGACGAGACGGGCCUCAUCACACUGCUGGUGCACCUCUCAGAGAGACAGCGCCGUGAGCUCGCCGAAGCUUACAGGAGGCUCACGGGCUCUACCAUUUUUGACGCUAUCGAAGGGGACACCAGUGGGGACUUCAAGCAAGCACUGCUGGCCUUGGUAAAGCCGGCCCCAAAGGUUUGGGCCGAAGCGAUUCUGUCCUCUAUGAAGGGGCUGGGAACUUCAGACAACCUCUUGAUCAAUUGGAUGUGCAUUGCAAAGGAGCGCAUGGAUGAGGUCGAGGAAUUCUUCAGUGAGUUGGAGCCUCGAGGCUUGCCGGCUUGGAUUGCCGAGGAGUGCGGGGACAACGACUACAAGGACACGCUUCUUCGGCUGGCCAAUCGAAAGUGCGAGCGCUUCUCUGGUCAAGAGGUCGGCCUCAGCAUCUCUCCGCCGGAGUCGAAGGAGCAGGCCAUUCUACAGUUCACGACGACCUUCAACAGAUUGUGCCAGAUGCGUCGUGAGAAGGGUGACAACAUCAUCCCCACUGAAGAGCACCAACAAGCCAUGGGCAACGCCUUCUUGUAUUAUGGAUCGAUGUCCAGCUGUGCACCAAAUCUUGACAUUCCAGGCCUGUGGGAACUAACGAAUGCCUGCGGCUUCCCUCCGGCUGAUGACGGCCCAGAUUUAGUUGCCACUUUUCAUGAGUGGGACAUGAGUGGCACUGGCGAAAUCACGUGGAACGAUUUUGUGCGAGAGAUGACGACGCGCAUCAACGAUCCGGGGCACUUCAACUCCAACCCACUACCAGAGACCAUUGACAUGAUCUCCAUUCCGGACAGGCCGAGGGCAGAUGGCUACAAGAGUCACAUCAGCAGCUUCAAUGCUUCGGAUGACGAUUACGAGAGCUUUGACGGCGAUACCCCGCAGGUAGACAUGUAUGCAGCAUUCACGGAUGGUAGCUGGAAGGAUGUGCUCGCCGGCGUGGUACCUGGGACAGACGGGGCAGGCCACCUUACCGGGCCCUGGGGAGAUUGCAUUGCUGCUGCGGUGAAAGUUGAAUGCACGGAGGAAUGGCAGGAUCGCUUCCCCGAUGCUCCAGUUGGGCUUGUCAUUGAGUACAUGUGUGCCUGUGGCCAUGACAGCUUCGUUGGUCCGGCUGAGCAAAAGGAACAGGCCUGCAAAGCAGCUCUGUGA